AAAAACCAUAGUUGUAAUAAUUUUUUUAAAAAAAUUGAAAAUAAUUAAACAGACAAGAAUAAUAAUAGUAUUAAUAAUAAUAAUGAUAAUGAUAGUGAUAAUGAAUCUUAUUAUUAUAAUAAUUUUAAUCUUUCUGUUGGAUUUUUCGAUGUUAAAAAUGGAAGAUUA